AUGGUACCGGACAGCCUGCUCCCGAAGCGCCAGCAGCUGCCGAGGCUUCGAGCGCAACACCAAGCCCUCCGGAUGUCUAUUCCCGAAUUUCUCCGGUUCAGCAAUGAAAAACUGAAUCAGAAUGCUUUAGAUGAUGAUUACCGCGCCGAAUCGGAUACCUCUCGAACGGGGCAAUUCGAGCCUCCGUCUAGGACGCCAGAUCCUCUAGGCGCAUACGAAUCACCUUUCAAGACGUCCAUCAAUAACCAUGGAGUCACUGAUGCCGACGAUCAAUUUCCGGACUACUUAACAUCAUUUAAUACUGCCGUCAGUUCGCCAUCUAUUAGCGGCUAUCUUUCAAUCCCUAGCAUCGGCGGUGGACUAGAUGGCUUUGAGCAGUUCUCACGCCUGGCCGUUGAUGGCGAUGCGGGUGGUUCUGUGUUGGUCCGCCAGGACGGCCAGCAGAGAACCAGAAUGGGCAUGGUCGUGGUAAACAUGUUAAACUACGUGGAUCGACACCACGACGAAGAGCACCGCCAGCGGGCCGACUACAGCCAAAUGAUCACCAGCUGA